AUGACGGCGUCAUUAUGGACGAAAGCUCUCGGGGUCGCGGAGCAUUCGCUCCUGAUUCGUUCUGCGCGCUGCGCACGCUCGUCGUGUCGAAAUGUCGUGCGCACAGGUCAGUUCACCGCUGUACGGCGCGUGAGUGCAUAUAGAUCUUCUGCAGAGCCCGCUCCAAGUCUCGAUCCGGGUGCGCCAGCAACACCAAUUGACGUCGCCGAAACUCGGGCGGAACCCAAUUCUGAGCAGCCGCUUUUUACUGCGUUGGAGGGGUCUCUCUCUCCGAGUACCUUGAAGGCGAUCACCGUGAAGCCCUUCCAGCUCAAACACAUGACGCCCGUCCAGACCGCUGUUCUCUCUCUUCUCCCGCAGCUUUCAGAGCCCUGGGCGAAGGUAAAAGACAUUCCUGAAGGCGAGAAACGCACCCCGCGCGAUCUGCUCGUCAAGGCGCGGACAGGGACUGGUAAAACACUCGCAUUCCUCGUUCCGGCGAUCGAAGCUCGGCAAAAGUCGAUCGACGCACACGGCAAACAGGCGGUCAUCGACGCUGGCUUGACGACCGACAGGUCGCUGGAGCUCCGCGCGAAACGUAUAUUUUCGCGCGAGAAUGUCGGCACGUUGAUUAUCAGCCCAACGCGCGAGCUGGCGACCCAGAUCGCCAACGAGGCAAUCAGGCUGUCCCACCACCACGAAGGUUUUGAGGUCAGGCUUUUCACUGGCGGUAACAGCAAGAAAAUGCAGAUGCGCGACUGGAUGAGAGGACGCCGAGACAUUGUCGUCUGCACUCCUGGACGCCUCCGGGAUCUGCUCGCAAGCGAACCUACCAUUGAGAAAGGUAUUGCUGCGACACAGAUGCUGAUACUCGACGAGGCUGAUACGCUUCUGGACAUGGGUUUUCGCGAAGACAUUGAGGCGAUCAUGGAAUACAUUCCCUCUUCCCCUGAGCGGCAGACGUUCUUGUUCUCUGCAACUGUGUCCACCGAGAUUAGGCAAAUCGCGCGUAAGACGUUGGCCAAGGAGCACUUAUUCAUCAAUUGCGUAGAGGAUAACGCAUCGCCUGUUCACGCUCACAUCCCCCAAUACCACACAGUGCUCCCGAAUGCCGCGGCCCAAAUCCCACACGUCCUUCGUCUCCUUGCUCACGACCAGCUCACCAACCCCGGACGUGCGAAGAGCAUCAUUUUCCUGCCUACGACCAAAAUGACACAACUCUAUGCCUCGUUCCUCCGGCAGCUCUUAAAGGUGCUGCCCACCGGUAGGAAGACCACCAUCUACGAGAUGCACUCGAAGCGCCAGCAAUCAUCCCGCGAUAACGUGUCGGAAGCGUUCAGGCGAGACAACACUGGCUCUGCGAUUCUUGUGUCGUCUGACGUGUCUGCUCGCGGUGUCGACUACCCCGGAGUCACUCGUAUCAUUCAGAUCGGUAUCCCCGGUGGCACAGACCAGUAUAUUCACCGCGUCGGCCGUACUGGCCGUGCAGGUAGCACUUCCGGCCGCGCCGAUCUCGUCCUCCUCCCGUGGGAAGUCGGCUUCGUCUCGUGGCUUCUAACAGAUAUCCCCUUGAAGCCGCUCACUACCAACGAGCUCAAGAACCAGGUGACGGAGCUCGCCAAAAAAUACGACGAGGACCCCUCCAAGUUCUACCAGGACGCCGGGGUGAUCGUCAAUAGCCGUGCGCCCGAGCGCCAGCGCCCCGCGCUCUUCCCAGAGCAGUACUCGCCCGUGCUGGAGCAGUUCUCAGACGCGAUCUCGCACCUGUGCUCGACGCUGGACGAGGAGGCCGUCAAGGAGACGAUGAUGUCGCUGCUCGGCUACUACCUGAGCAAGUCUGGCGAGCUUCGCGUGCAAAAAUCAGUCAUCGUGCAGGGACUGAAGGAUUGGACAACGGAGGCGUGUGAGCUGCCUGUCGCGCCAUACGUUUCGGAAGCAUUCCUAGCGAAACUCGGUUUGCAGGACGGCCGGACGAAGAAUUUUGGCAAGCCCAAGGACUUUGGCCGUGGUGGCUUUGGCAGCAGGGGCAGUCAGCCACACUGGAUGGGCCGCGGCUCGUCAAGCAACAAGGACCGAGAACGGUCCCAAGAACGUAGCCAAUGGGGUGUGCGUUCGGAGGACGGUGAGCGGAGUGUGCGUUCUGGGGACAGGGAGCGGGGUGUUCGUUUUGGGGACAGGGAGCGGGGUGUGCGCUCAGGAGACAGGGAGCGGGGUGCGCGCUCAGGAGACAGGGAGCGGGGUGUGCGUUCUGGGGACAGGGAGCGGGGUGACAGGUGGUCGCGAAACAACGAGGAUGGGGGCGAAGAUGACUAUCGUACGGAGGGAUACCGCCAUCGCUCCAGUGCUAGCAGCAGAUAUUAG